UGCCUCAAUUACUCUAUCUCUUUCAAUUCAAUCCAUUCAUAACCUUCUCCGCCAUGUAAUUCCCAAACUCCACCCUUUGCCAUAACCAUGGAAGGAACCGUCUUCCCCAAUCGCCCCACAUUCCCAAUUCACCCCACCAAGCCCACCCCCGCCCACCGCCUCAAAUUCAACACCUCCACCCUCCCCCUCCCUCCUCUCCAGCAGCAGCAGCAGCAGUCUUCCCACUCUUUCCCCCUCGAUUCCCUCCUCCAGCACCUCCUCCACGUCUCCCACCCUGUCAAAUCCUCCGUCCCGCCCCAUUUCCGCAAAGAUGCCGCCGCCGCCGACGACACUUCGAUUGCGAUUCCGCUGAUCAGCCAAAGGGCUUUAAUCGACGCCGAUUUCCUCCCGCAGAACUGCAAGUCGCUUCUCGAAUCAAUUCUGAAGCUCCCCGUCUCUGAGCUGCGCUCCUUCUUCGAUUCCGCCAAGUCGGAAUUGCUUCAUGAAGUUGAUUUGAUUAGUCUGCUGAAGGGCUUGGAUGUCACCGGAAACGGCGCGAGGGCGGUCUUGCUGUUUGAAUGGGCUGUUCUCAAUUUGGACGCGUGCAAUAGUGAUCGAUUGGAUAAUCAGAUUAUCGAAUUGAUGGUCAAAAUUCUUGGUAAAGAGUCUCAGCACUCGGUUGCAUCGAAGCUGUUUGAUGUUAUUCCUGUGAGGGAUUUCGCGCUCGAUGUUCGAGCGUGGACGACCAUCUUACAUUCGUAUUCUCGCAGUGGGAAGUACGAGAAGGCAAUAGCGUUGUUUGAUUUCAUGAAGCUGAGAGAUUUGAGUCCGACUUUGGUUACUUACAAUGUGAUGUUGGAUGUUUACGGCAAGAAGGGGCGAUCUUGGGAUAAGAUUUUGGGGCUUUUAGAUGAGAUGAAGAGUUUGGGGCUUGAAUUUGAUGAGUUCACUUGCAGCACUGUGAUAUCUGCUUAUGGCAGAGAAGGGUUGUUGGAGGAGGCGAAGAGUUUCUUCGAUGAGCUCAAGUUAAACGGCUAUGUGCCGGGUACUGUAACGUAUAACUCGUUGCUUCAAGUUUACGGGAAGGUGGGGAUCUACAACGAGGCGUUGAGUGUGUUGAGGGAGAUGGAGGAGAACAAUUGCCCUCCUGAUUCGGUGACUUAUAACGAGCUUGUGGCUGCUUAUGUGAGGGCGGGAUUUCUUGAGGAGGGAGCUUCGUUGAUCGAGACAAUGAGGGGUAAGGGUGUGAUGCCGAAUGCUGUCACAUAUACGACUGUCAUUGAUGCCUAUGGCAAGGCUGGGAAGGAGGAUAAAGCGCUGCGUUUCUUCAAGCAGAUGAAGGAGUCGGGAUGUGUCCCCAACGUGUGUACUUAUAAUUCCAUUAUCGGGAUGCUGGGGAAGAAGGCGCGUGCGGAAGAGAUGAUGGAGGUGAUAUGUGAUAUGAAGUCCAGUGGGUGCACGCCAAAUCGUGUAACAUGGAACACGAUGCUUGCCAUGUGUGGUACGAAAGGGAUGCACAAGCAUGUGAGCCACGUAUUCCAUGAGAUGAAGAAGUGCGGUUUUGAGCCGGAUAGGGACACUUUCAAUACCUUGAUAAGUGCUUAUGGUAGGUGCGGGUCUGAGAUCAACGCUGAGAAGAUGCACGACGAGAUGAUAAGGGCAGGGUUUUCGCCAUGUAUCACGACGUAUAAUGCGCUUCUAAAUGCCUUGGCUCGGAAAGGGGACUGGAGGGGGGCGGAGUCUAUUGUUGCAGACAUGAAGAGUAAGGGUUUUAGGCCGAACGAGACGACACAUUCGCUGAUGCUUCACAGCUACUCGAAAGGAGGGAAUGUGAGGGGAAUCGAGAGGAUCGCUAAGGAUAUCUACGAAGGUCGUAUAUAUCCGAGCUGGAUGCUUGUGAGAACUCUGAUUCUAGCAAAUUUCAAGUGCAAAUCACUCGCUGGAACGGAGAGAGCGUUUCAAGAGUUGUUGAAGAAGGGCUACAGACCCGAUAUGGUGGUGAUGAACUCCAUGGUCUCCAUCUUCUCGAGGAACAAGAUGCACGAGCGUGCUCAUGAGAUGCUGGAUUUUAUCCGGGAGAAUGGGCUGCAGCCGGAUCUUGUCACCUACAACAGCUUGAUGGAUAUGUACGCUAGGUCUGGCGACUGCUGGAAGGCGCAGGAUGUACUCAACGGGCUGCUGCAGGGUGAAGGGAAGCCGGAUCUCGUGUCUUACAACACGGUCAUCAAGGGCUUCUGCAGGCAGGGGCUGAUGGAGGAGGCGAUGAGGGUUUUCUCUGAGAUGACGAGUAGGGGGAUAAGGCCAUGCAUCGUUACCUACAACACCUUCAUAGCUGGCUUCUCGUCGCGCGGCCUGUUCCAAGAAGUCGACGAAGUGAUGAGUUAUAUGAUCCAGCAUAACUGCAACCCGAAUGAGCUAACGUAUAACACCAUUGUAGAUGGCUACUGUAAGGCUAAACGGUACAAAGAGGCCAUGGAUUUCGUGGCCAGGAUCCGAGAGCAGGACGCCUCCCUCACCGAGCCAGCUCUGCAGAGGCUCGUCUCGCGCGUAAGGCAAAACAUGGAGUCAUGAGACUAUGCAUCUGUACACUUUUGCUAGAUUAUUUAUACAUACUGUUUUUAUGGAUUUUAAAGUUGUAAGCAUUUCAGCAUCUUUCUUCUACUGUGAAAUCAACAUAAAUGGAAGGGUGAUUUUUCA